AUGGGAAUAAUGCACCGAAGUGGUGGUGCUCCUCGAAGAACGACGAACGAAAAUGCAAAAUUCAUCAUCACAACGAUUUUGGGAAUUGUGUUUGGGACUUUCAUUGGCAUCACAAUACCAUCAGUUUCUUUCAAGAUAAACUUACCCUCAGGCCUUAUAUCAACUCUUGAUGUAGCCAUCUCAGACGCCAAGUUUUUAUCUCGUGACAAAUCUCCUCAAGAUUUCGGUUCAAGAAAAUCUCCUGAGAUAUAUGUACCAACGAACCCGCGUGGUGCGGAGCUACUACCUCCAGGGAUUGUUGUGGCAAAGACCGAUUUUUACUUGCGUAGAUUAUGGGGAGAACCUAAUGAAGAUUUGAAGAAGAAGCCAAAGUAUCUAGUGACAUUUACAGUUGGGAUUGAGCAGAGGAACCAUAUUAAUUCAGUUGUUAAGAAGUUUUCUGAAGAUUUCCAGAUUCUGCUCUUUCAUUAUGAUGGAAGGACAACUGAGUGGGACCAGUUUGAGUGGUCGAAGAGUGCGAUUCAUAUUAGUACAAGAAAGCAAACUAAAUGGUGGUACGCGAAGAGGUUUUUGCAUCCUGAUGUUGUGUCAGCUUACGAGUACAUAUUUAUAUGGGAUGAAGAUCUUGGAGUGGAGCACUUCAAUGCAGAUAAGUACGUUGAGUUAGUUAAGAAGCAUGGUUUAGAGAUCUCUCAGCCAGGUCUUGAGCCCAACAAUGGACUCACUUGGGAAAUGACAAAGAGGCGAGGUGAUCGAGAGGUCCACAAAGACACUCAAGAAAAACCAGGAUGGUGCCGUGACCCACAUUUACCUCCAUGUGCUGCAUUUGUUGAAAUAAUGGCGCCUGUGUUUUCUAGAGAAGCAUGGCGAUGUGUGUGGCAUAUGAUUCAGAACGAUCUGGUUCAUGGAUGGGGUCUUGACUUUGCGCUUAGAAGAUGUGUUGAACCUGCACAUGAGAAGAUUGGGGUUGUGGAUUCGCAAUGGAUAAUACACAAAGUGAUACCUUCGCUUGGAAGUCAAGGAAAGUCAGAGAAUGGGAAAGCUCCAUGGCAAGGAGUCAGAGAUCGAUGCAAAAUGGAAUGGACAAUGUUUCAGAACCGAUUAGCUGAUGCUGACAAAGAGUAUCUUGGGAGGAUGGUUAAAGCAUAA